AGUUUGUAUUUUUUUUGGUGUGAUUGUGCGUACCAAUUAGUAAAAAUCUUUGAGUUUUAAAAUAGUUAUAGGAUUUUUAGAACUAUUGUGAAGUAAUGAUUUUGAAUAAACUUCAUAAAAAUAGGAAUUUCAAUCCAAUAUGAAUAUUCCGCCGUUCCCAUCACAGGAUCUGGCAAAGCUGGUGCUUGGAUAUCUGGCUGAAGAACAGCUCAUGACAGCCUAUGAUGAAUUUCUUCAAGCAAGUCCUUACUUGAAUGCAUUUGGGAAUGAAUAUGACAGAAUAUUUAUGACAUCUUUGAAAAACAUUCUUGCUGAAUAUAGGGCAGUAAAAAUUUAUGUGGAAAUGUGUAAGCCAAUUGCCCUUAGGAGAAAAUUAUUUCAGUGUUCCAAUCUGCACGAAGUGGUGAAAUUUUUGAUUCAACAUGUAGACAUAAGCAAAAUACUACAGGAACCUACUCAAAGUAAAUGCAGUGUUGAGAAACAAACAAGCAGUGCAAACAUAAACACCUGUGAGGUCUGCAAAUCUUUAAAAUUGGAAAGCUGUUCUUGCAAUAACAAGAGUUCUCAUAUAUAUAGUGGUCAAAUUGAUGAUCACUAUAGUGGAUCUGUUUUGGACAGCUCUGUUGAAGACACACCUUUAUCUGAUUUAAUAGGUAACCGUGUCACAACAAAGAAGAUUGUAUCUGAUAACAAUACAAUUGACUUAGAUUCUCAUGCUGCAUUCAGUCCGAGAUUGGUGACGUCUAAUGUGGUGUCUGAAAAAUCAACAUUAAAUAAUAGUACCUCAACCAAUACAAAAAAUAAGGAGUCACAAAAAAAUGUCUCACCCGUUGAUGAUACUUUAGUAAAAAACACAGAUCCACAUCAGAUUAAACAAAAAGAUGAAUUACAACACAUAUCAAAUCAAGUUUGCCACAAUAACCAAAGUGGAUCAAGUUCUGAUGUUAAUAAUCCUAAAUCAAUAGGAGGAUACCAUAAUUUUGCAACAGGUGUCAAUGGGGAGAGCAGAACAAUUAUUGUCCCAGAUUCCAGUACCUCAGAAAAAGUAUAUAUUCAAGUACCUGUUUCUGCAGAUAACAGUGUCACUUCUAAUUUAGCUAUUUUCAAUAAAAUGAAACAAACUAGAACACAGUAUUUACUCAAGGUGGCACAUGUUAAUAAUACAUUGAAACCAAAUGAACUAGUUUCUAUAAGCACAACCACUAACAACUGUUCUGUUCCUACAAUAAAACCUAAAACUGAUGAAAACAAAGUGAAGAUUUUAUCAGAUGUUAAGGUGGAUAGUUCAUUUAACAAUAAUGAAGGCACAAUGAAAAUGCCACAAGUAUUAAAAAAUGCUACCUCAACACCUUUAUUACAAAUGCAAACUAUUGUUAUUAAUGGAACACCAGUUUACAGACAAGAACCAAUAGUUGAUAAAAAAUUAAAUUACACCAAAGAUGAAAUUAUGGCUAUGCCCACAAUUAUCCUUGCACCAGUACCAGGUCCGCCCCACCGUACCCUCACACAGACCGAAAAUCACUCAACAAAUACAAACAAAACUACUGCAGCACGUUCUUUAUGUUCCUUGACAAUUGACGUUGAUCAUCCUGAACAAAUCAACAAAGAUUCUAACAAAACAACUGAAAUAGAUAAAAAAGCUAUUGAAAAAGAAACCAGAGAUGAUACUAUACCAAAAACAACAGAUAUAACGUGUGCGUCCGCACCAAAAGAUAACACUGUAACAGGAACAACUGAAACUAGCACACCACAAAUUCUGCCGCCUAAAAGAAAAUCUUCAUCAACUCCUCGCCGAUCGUCUCAUGUUCGAGUUUUGGAUUUUACUACACCUAGAAGAAUAUUACAUGAGACAGCAAACCAAUUUGUUGCUAAAGGUAAUAAUGAGCCAAUAGUUGUAAGUAAGAAAUCCCUUGAGGUUAGUAAUUCAUUUCAAACAGAUACAAAUUUGAAAAAUGCUGAUAAAUGUACUGGUAGUGAACUAUCUAAAGAGAAUGAGAUUAAGAGUCGGGCUGUUUGUCCUAAAGCAUCUAAUUGGGAUGCAGAUCUUCGCGUUUUGGCGGUAAUUCCAGAAUUAAGUGUAGAAGUUACCACUCCUAAGCCAAAAUCGACAAAGAAAAAGAAGCGGUCCAAAACCUCGCUCGUUAAGGACGAUAACAAACAAAGCACUGAUAAACGUAUCGUUAAAAAACGGGCAAAUAAAGACAAAUCUACGAAGAAAUACAUACCCGAACCUAUUGCGGACAUAGAUAUUUCGACAAAUAAAGUUCCUGCAAAACCGACGAUUAAUAUUAUUACUGUGACUGAUGUUACAACUACUAAUUGGACAGCAACUGAAAAAUCUCAAACUGUCAAAUCUAAUGAUGAAAAAGUGAAUACCCCUGAAAUGGAAAAAAUGUCUUUACAGAACGAAAUUGGUGCUAAACUUAAUAUUUCCGAUUUUUUAGAAACCCCAUAUAAACAAGCUCUUUAUGAUAUACAAAUGGAAACACCAAGAUUUAUGGCUCCUGAUAUACCAGGAGAUCCUUUGUCAGAUAUAAAAAUUAUGAAUAUACCCACUCCAAAAUUUUUAAAUGCUCAAACUCCGUCAUCUUAUUCAUCUCGUCCAACAGAUUAUUCAAGUGGAGGUUCUUAUUAUAAACCAGAUGAUCAAGAUUAUUUGCGAGUUACAGAUGAUUUGCUUUGUCCUGUAACUUCUUCAGUUAGUAAAGAAAAUAAGGGUUCUGAUGUGUCAAAUAAUAGGGAAGUAGAUUCUAGUGAAAAUAAUCACAAAAAAAACGAUAAGCCAUGUCGACCAGUUAGACAGUGCAGGAAAAAUGUGUCUUACUACAGCAAUUCCAAUUCGAAUAUUAAACCAAAGGAAGUAGACAACAACAUAGAUUCUUCAUUCAGUGACGUAACAGAUACUAGUUUUUGUGAAGCUAAUACAGAAAAGGAAGCAAAGAAUAAAGAAAAAUCUACUCCGAAAAAUAGGUCCAAUAUGAAAAUGCCAACAAAGUAUCGAAGAUCUCCUCUUAAAAAAGAAGUUUCGAAAUCGUUUAUGAAAAUAAGACCACGACGUCCGACGCCUACCAAAAAGGAUAACGCAAAGAGAAAAAAGAAGACUCCAGAAAGUUCUAAAGUUCAAGGACGGAAAAAGAUAACGAAACAGCAAGAGGAAAACGUUAGUACACCAGUUAUUGCUUCAGCUCCAACCAAAUCUCGCAGGAAAUCAUCAACUCCGCGAAAAUUACAUUGUACCAAAUCAUUUAAUUCUAAAACUGAUGGUCACGAUUCCCCCGAACUUUUGGCUAAACCAAAAGAAAACGUCGCCGAGUCAAAUGUAAUAUCUACACAUGAUUCAGAUACUGAACAGCUACCAUUGCGAUGGUCUGAUGAUGGAUCUCAAGAUGUAAAGUCAAAGACAGAGUCCAAUCCUGUUAAUGAAAGUGAGGAUAUCAAAAAAAUUCAAGAAUAUUUAAAUAAUGCAACCAACAGCAAUGAAUUGAAAGAAGGAUGUUUACAUAUUGAUCUAGUAAAAAGAGGCUUUGAUUUAGAAACCGCCAAAAUCAUAGAGCGUGAGUUGCUGGAUACUUCGCCACAUACUACAACAGAUUUUGCAAUAAAUAACGUAGUUACACCUGAAACAAAAACAGAAAUAAUAGAAUGUGUGACUGAAAGUAAAAGUGAUAAUAUUGUUUUAGAAAAAGCUUUAGAAUCUGAUUGUAGCAUAAGUAAUAAUUUACAAAUAGUACAACAGGAUGAAGAAGAAGAUGAUGAUGUAAUUGAAUUAUCAGUACAUGAAUGUAAUGAAGAUACACCAAACUUCUAUUUGUUUAAUCAUGACGACAUUACAAAUACCCCUCGUAAAGAAUUAGUUAAGUUGAAAGACAAAUUCUCAAUGGAAGUAUGCUUAGAUGAUGAUUUGUCAAUUAGAUUGCGAGUUACACCAUUUAAUUUAUUACUAGAUCAAGAGCCUGAUGUAGCUUUACUUGGCUUUGAUGAACAAGAAACUGAAAUGGCGGUACGUUCAAUAUCUAACAUGGGCAAAUUAUUCACACCAGUAAAAGAAUCUAUCAAAGCUCAAUGUUAUGAGAUUUUCGAUUCAACAUUAACUAGUUUAGAUACUCCUUUGAAGGCAAGGAGUCCAAAAUUUAGAGAGGAAGUUACUGUUACAGAAAUUGUAUUAGAAGUAGAAAAUAUCGACGUCAAAGAAAAAGUUGAAACGAAGAAACGAAAAAGGGCACAGAGUAGUAAUUUAUCAGAAGAAAGUGAAAGUAAAAAGGCGAAGCCAGAAGCGCAAUAUCUUCUCAAUUCAGCUAAUAUUCAAAAUAUAGAUAUUGAAUCUGUGUUAAGUAAAUUACAUGGGCCUUAA